ACAGGUGCCCGAGCGGAGGCACCCGCCCCCUCAGCGGCGGCCUUUGUUAACCCCCUUCCGACGAUCCCACAGAGCCAUCUCCCGCGCCUGGCCCUGCAGGAGGGGCUGGUCCUUCCGUGGAGACCCGGCCGGCCGGGCGCUGUGCCGAGGGCUCCCCCGGAAAACGGCAGGGCGUGGCGGCGGGAGAGCCGGGCCCACCGCUCCCGAGAGGCCACCUCCUGCUGCUACUCUAGCAGCUCUCUGGGGACAAAUCGCCCCCUAUACAGAUGGGAAACCCCACAGGAAGCGUGGGCUGGAGGGGAGAGGGUGGGGGGAUCCGCACUGGGUGCUCCUGGGGCCCUCGGUCCAGAGCAGCACGCCUGCUGCGAAAAUCUCCCGCAGGACCCCAUGGAGCUCUCGCCGGCCUCCCCCUCCUUCCUCCCGAGGGGCUUGCGGAGAAGGGUCUUGGCACGUCUUGCCCACCCGGUGCCCCCGGACGCGUCGGGCUGUCAGCUGCGGGGGAUGCCCCGCUGGGGCACCUAGUGAAAUGCCCACAGUGUGGGGCUGCUGUUUAAGCCCCCCCCCCCCCCCCCCGCCAAGGAGACAUGGCCCAACAGACCCUGGGCUGGCUGCUGAAUGGGCAGGGCAUCCGCAGAGCGGGCUGCACCCCCAGGCUGCGCCCCCAGGCAGAGCAGCGGAAGGGCAGGAUGCUCCCUCUGGCCACGGAAGCAGCGUGCUGGGGAACAUGGGCCGGGGCGGCCUCUCGUGCUGUCCUACUUGCAGGCUUCCUGAGCUAGAGAAAGCCCCAGGGCUGUGCCGCUUCGGCCAUCCUCCCACGCGCGUGAUGCCCGCGGGGGCCGAAGCAGCUGCCAGGCCGGGCACCAGGGCCAGAAAGCGUGGCCUGCGGCAGGCCGAGCGGCAGGCCGGGGUUGCGUGUGGGCAAGGUGGGCCGUCCGGAGGGGGAGGAAGCGCCCGGCCGGCAGGCUGGGUGAGACGAAUCCCCGGGAUUACGGCUUGGCAGAGGCUGCCGAUGAACGUGCCGGUGUGUGUCGGAGGGCACCGCGUCGCCUCCAUCAGUGCGUCCCGUCGCCCCGAACCGUGCGGCUCGGCUCAAGUGUCCUCCAGUCCCGCAGCCCCCGGUGCCUAUGGGGCUGGGGAGGGCUUGCUUUGCUCCUCCUCCUCCACUGGUUCUUCUGGGUUGAGCCCCAUGACGGACAACAUCGGCCGGGGCAACAGAGGGGUGGGUGCCGUGGCUCUGGCUGGGGGCAGCUGGGAAUCGCGUGGGCCGCAGUUUGUAUCGGGGCAUGAAUGGGUGAGGAUGCGAUGCGAGACAAGCGCCGUGUGCACUGGGGCGGGACGAGGACUCUCAAGUUCUGGACAUGCUUGCCCUUCUCACAGAACAAAGGCAGUCGGUCUCUUGCGAGCCUGGCUCCUCAGACGGGCGCGUUCUCCCAGCCAGAUCCUGGCUUUCUCUUCCAGUGCUGUGCAGAGCCCUGAGAACAGCCCAGCACCGGGAGGCUGGCUUGAGCGAGUCCCAUAGCAAUGAAUGGGCAUAUGCAAAUCAGCAUGGGAAGGGAGGAGCUUGCUCUGGUCCUGAUUGGCUGCGGAGCCAGAAGUCUCUUGCUGGGCUUUCCCUGGGCGGUCAACCAGCAUCUUGUCCGCGCCGGCUUGAUAUCGCCGGGCUCCAUCCGGAGAAAAGUUGCAUAAGCUGGACUUGGGGAACGUCCUCGCUGCUUUUUAUGGAAUCGAUGCAACUGCCCAGGCAGCCAAGUAAUGUUUCUCUCGGGACUGGAUGUUCUUCGGGGGCCUUGGGGGCCAGCGGUUUGCUGCAGCUGGGAAGCGCAGCGUGGCCGCCCGAGUCGGCGUUCCCAGGAUAUUAUAAUAAUUGGCCCAAAUUUAUUGCCAGCAUGGAUUUUUGUUAAACAAGCACAACUCUGUGCAUGAAGUCAAGACACGGAGAAUAAGCCAGACACUGUCAUCCCCCGCGGCUUCUUGAUGGGGGGCGCUGGGCAGAGGGCUGGCUCCAGGGUCCGGGAUGUUGGCCCCCCAGUCUGGGGCCUUGGGGUCCACGUCAUGGCACCUGCAUCCCCUCCACCUGGACUCGCCACGUGCGUCCUGCCCCAGUCCUCUGGCCGGGAGGUACAGGUCGUGGCGGGCAUGAUGAUCGGAUCGCGGGCCUCCUCACUUUCGGAGCUCCUCCACCUGAGCAGGUCUGCCCUGGACCAGGACUGUGUGCUCUGUGCAGCCGCGGGAGUCCAGGAGGCGUUUUGUUGGCAGAGGCCGAAUCCUGUCAUCACACGCUGCCCGAUACCUCCGAGGCUGCAGCUCUGAUAGUUCUCUCAGCGUGAGAGCCAGUUAGCAGUUCCCUCGAGGGAGCAGAGUCCCGUUGGACUGACUAGUUGCGGAAGAGAAAUGCAGCAAUGAACAAAUAAAUAAAGUGCGGGAAAGGACGUCUUGCGUCGUUUGCUGGGAAGGCAGCUCUUCCACAGCCUCCCGCAAAGCGGGGAGAGCGAAGUGCCGUCUCCCAUCACUUCCAGCCCUCUGGGAAGCUGCUCUCUGGGAGACGCGUUCCCAGACUGCCUGCAUGGCUGCUCCUGGCAUCACCCAGAGAGCAGGCGAAGGUGACUUAGCACGGAAGGGAGCGGGUUUUCUGCCUGGCCGCGACCUGCCGGUGAGCCGAGGCAGUGGCUCUCUGGGUUACGGCUGGUGGCAGCCGGCCGCCUUCUGCCGGUGCGAAGAGACAGGCCUCGCGUGGAGGUCCCCGUGAACGGGAGGUGCUCUCGCUGUGCGAUUGUUUGAUGGGAAUGCACUGUGGAUUCACUCCCGUGUUGGGAAGAGCCGCGUCGCUGGUUAUCGUCUUUCACAGGGUUACGUUUGUAAAAACAGGCAGCGCUCACUAAAUAUAAGCGUGGCAAUAUCUGGGGAGAUUGGAAAUGCUCCCUACCAUGAUCACCAAGGGUGCAAUUCGGUUGUGCAUCACCGGCCAGGGAAUGCUGGGAAAUGGAGGGCUUUCUCCUGUCUAACCAUACAGCGGAUUGCGUCCUGAGGGGGGGAACCCUCUCUCCCUGGCAUCUGCGGGCACGGGGGAAGGGAUCUGGGGUCCCAGGGAGCAAAUAUGGGUGCGGGGAAGCCUGGGCCCGAUUCAGCACCAGUCCAGGAGGGGAGAGCUCGGGUGUGGCUUUGGCAACGGCGACGCAAGUGACGAACCGUGGGAGGAAUUAUCCCAGUGGCUGUGCGCUGAAUGACUGAGGCAAACUACGUGGGUGAGAAUUCUCGAUUUUCUCGAUGCCAUGAUGGCUAUUGAUAAGGGAACGCCCCCUGGCUUGCUGGUGGACGGAGCAACGGAUGAAUGAAACCCAGCUGCUGAGUGCAGAGGCAGGCUCUGGGACUGCGCGUUGUGCGGCACGGGAGAGUGACGUCCCCGGCUGGUUGGACAGAGCCAGGAUUCCCGUUUAUGUUGGAUGCGAAUGGGAGAGAGCGACUGGUAUGCUGCCCUCUGCACAUUUCACCAGGAGACUGACCUGCAGCUCCCCACCUUCCCCAUUUUCAGGCCGGUGCUGGCAAGGACGGCGACCCAGGAAAGAGCGAGGCGGCAAGGGUCCAAAUCAAAGUCUCUAUGUCUUGGGGUCUGGAGCACCAGCAGGCACAUAAAGGAUUCCAGUCCCUGCCCUUAGGAUGCAACCUGCAUAAAACCUGCAUAUGCUAAUUUGUAUUUCUUCAUGCACAUUUCAGAGUAAUUACUGCCAGUCCCUUACAUUUUCCAGGAGGCAAAGCCAGCCAAUUAAUUUCUCAUCCAGACCAUCUCAAUUUUUGAAAAAGCCUUCUUUGGUGGAUUUGCUCUCACACUCCUUCACCCCAGACCAAUGGAAAAAAGGCGUGUGAUUUUUGGAAACUUCAUGGGGGGGGGGGGUUGGCAGCGGUGCAGCGUGAGCCCUUCCCUCCCCUGGCAACCUCCCUUGAAAACUGCCCCCCCCCCCCGCAGCCAUGCAGCUGAGGGAAGAGGCCCCCUUCUCAGUGGCAAGGGAUGCCCUGGCCUCUGUGGAACGAUCUGGAGCCCUAGGAAAUAGGUUCAGGGGCAGGGCUGCCUGUGGCCAGGCCUAGCAAGGCCCCACUUUGGGUGGCGAUGAGCAGCGAGGGGCAGAGGGGUUCUGGUGGAAAGGAUCGUGGUGCCCCCACCCCGUAACUGCUCUCCCUAAACAGGUUUCUGGAGGGGGGGGCACAUGGGCCAGCGAGAUCCUCCCCUUCUCAUCGCUUUAUCGCAGCAGCAUCGAUCCGCCUUGCUCUGCCCCAAGAUAUGGCUACACGCAAGUUUGCAAGUUGCUGGGUGCGCUCUUUAAACUAGUGGCCUUCCCGGCCCAGACGCCAGACCCCCCCCCCUCCAAGCCCCAGGCGGCUGGACCAGACCGCUCUCCCCUCGGCAGCUCCCGCUGCCUCAGUCCAGGCUAGUGGGCAGAGGGGGGGGAGGCGGGGCAAACAGCACCCAGAGGGCCCCGCCGAGGGAGAGGCUGGCGAACGGCGCGGAGGAGAGGCAAGCCCCACGCGGAGCCUGCGUGGUCUGGGGCGAGGAAGGCACAGGGGAAGGCCGGGCCGCAGACCUCCUGCGCUGAGGUUCGACCUGGAGGAAGUGGAGUCGCAGCCAUGACCUGCUGCUGCCCGGACUCCCGGUGCAAAACAGCAGCACCGAAACCGGAAGUGCGGAUCUCCGGCCUGAGCCCAGCCGAAGCAAAGAAGCAGAAGCCUGGCCGGGGGGGGGGGUGGUGGUGGUGAUUUCCCCCUGCUCCAGGAACAACCCCGAAAUGUUGCAGUAGCACAAGGAGGGCCGAGGGCGUGGGAGCGCCCAUCUCCUGGCGGCUGGCUGCUGCGACCCGGCCUUAGAACAGGUGGGGCCGCCUGCACGCCCACCUGGCAAGGAGGAGUUGUGCCCGCGCGUCCCCAGAGAGUCCUGGGAAAGCGGAGCGCCUUCCGUCUGAGGCAAGGCUGGAGCGCGGCCAGCCGGGUGCAGCGCUCUCUCUGCGACGGCCACGCUGCGCUCCGGGCCGCAAGUCCUGCCAGGCUGAACUCUUGGCGCAGAGGCCGGAUCAUCGCAGCAACAGCUGGAGCGUUCUGGGCCAUUCCCAGAGCUGCUUUCUGAGGACAGAGAACAAUUUCUGACCCCUGGGGACCAAAUCGCUUUCCAAAAUAGAUGCAGCUGCAGUAAAAUGGGGGACGGGGCUUUAUAAAUAACCUUUCCCACUUGCGUUUUCUUUCUUGUUUUCAUGGCAGCCCGAGGGCUCGCUCAGGCAGGGGUGCAGCAUCGCCCACGUACGCCGCAUCACCAGCACGGGCUGGCAGCAGCCACUCCACUUCAGGGUUCCAGGGAGGGGGAUUUACAGCCAGCAGGGGGGCUGCCUGCUCACUCCCUCUCCUGUCCUUCAACCACAUCGGUUGGCAGUUUAAAAUGCAAUAAAACUGCAGAAUGCAAACGGCAGCUAAACGGCUCCAAGGGACAACUCGCCCAAGGCGGGACGGAGGGGAGGAAAGGCCGCUGCGCACACAUGCAGCCACGAGAACGUGGCCAGCAGCACAGUGGCUGUGGCCGUCGGUGACUGCGUGGCCGCUUUGCCAUCCAGGCCCGCAAAAACGGUGCGGCAUCCCAGAGCCCUCCGGGGGGAGCAGGGCAGGACGGCCUUUGCAACACCAAGAGUGGCUGCAGAGCGCGUGGAAAAGCUCUCGAGAGCCCUGUGAGGGCCGCUCCUGGUCAGGGUGGGCCCGGCAUCCCCCUGGACAGGGCCUUCUUCCCUUUUCCCAGCUGUGGCAUGCGAGUGCCGAAGGAGAGGCUCUUUGCACAUGCUCAGGGGCCGUCAUGCUGCAGACUGAGCCCUGGUGCUCAGAGACACUGGGUUUGGGGCUGAGCGUGAGCCCAGAUUUGGCCUUGACUGGGGGCCCUAGAGAGGCUUUGGUGGGCACUCCAGUUCGAGGCCCCGAUGGCUGCGGGACCAACCAGAGAACGCACGGCCAGCGAGCGUGUUGCUUGCGAGGACACGAAGCCUGCCUCUGCCGCCCCUUCGUUGCUUCCCAGAGCACGCUCCACGUCCUGUGUUUUUCGGAAUCCCUGCCAUCUUCAGGCUCGUUCCUUGGAUGCCUGAGGACUAGUGUCAUGCUUCAGCAUUGUCGUCCAGGUUGAAGCUCACCUUGGGUUUUUGAGGCACAGGCUCACACGCACACGCUCCUCCUCCUCCUCCUCCUCGCCGGCCUCUUCAGCCCGUUGGGCCCACUCUGGUCCCCCGGUGCAGCCGGGCCUGGGCCAGGCGGAUGCCCAUGGCCAUGUUUGCUCACAGUGGUCCGGGAGGAGGUUCGCCCCGUGGGCGGGGAGGGCAGCGUGCGCGACAGCUGGUGAGCAGCGCGCUCCUUUGUCUGGUGCCCGGGUUCGGCCUCCCACCUGCCUGGGCAGGAGGCGGCCCAGCUGCUGCUCCCGGUCUCCUAGUAACCUAGUGCUCACAGGUGGCGGUGCGGGCGCUACCUCCAACCUGCGGCCCGGGGUCAGCCGGGCCAUGCUCUGGAGACAGCCUCGCUAGCCGCGCGACGGGAGCACCGCUUAGCGGGCGAGUGCGCGAGCCGAGCGGAAGGAGGACAGCCAAGGAGCCGGGCCGGGUGAGGGCAAGGGCCCAUCUCGUCCGUGCCUGGCUGCCCAGCUGCCUGUGGAGAACGCCCACGUGGCGCUCGUGUGCAAAAGCACCCUGCAGCCCAUGUUCCCCAGCACACCAAGAGCAGCAAACUCCUUUCUCCCCAAAAGUACAUGGAUGCGCAAAUAUGCAGGCCGCAUAACCCGGCCAGGCACCUUCCCCCAAUCGGACGGCCUGCAGAUGUGUUGGACCACAGGGCCCAUCAUCCCCCAGCCACCGUGGCCAGUGGGAGCUGUGGACUAACAUCUGGAGGGCACCAGGCUGGUGAUGGCUGCAUCAGUGGCUCCCCCCGGGGAAUUCUGGGAACGCCAAGCUGGCGGAAUUGACUGCGGCCAGCGGGAAUCUGGCAUGUGCCGCAUUUCCCCGGAAGCCACACCAAGGGGGCAGAAGGGCGUGGGAGGCGGGCUGGGCCUCGACCUGGCCUCGUCGCAUUCCGACCGAACGGCGGGUCUCGCGCGCUAGGGAGGUUGCGUGGAUUGAGGGGGGCUGCCCCACAGCCGCGUGGGCAGGAGGAAGACGAGUCCUCCCCGUCUUCAGUGCGGCACCCUGAUUUCUGCCAUUUGCGUAGGGCGGGUCCUGUUUCGUCCUGCAAGCUACGUACGCUGGCUGGCGACGUCCUGGGGACUGAAGCCCCUUCCUCUGUCCAAACUUGCGCAGGAAGUUCCUCUGGGUCAGAAAAAGAUGCCAACCAACUGCACUGAGCUGCCAUUUCACCAGAACACCCACGUAGGAAACGAGAGGUCGUGAUCCCGCUUGUCAACAUGAGGAUUCCCUGCUUGCCGCACCGGCUACGUUCAUCCACCACGGCAUCCGCCCAAAUCUUAUCGGCCCGCCACCUUUUCCUAUCCAGAAUCUUCCAGCCACCCUUGCCGUUGGGAAAUCCCACAUCCGGGAAUCCCACAGGAGCAAACCCUCUGCCCUUCACAUUUCCUCUAUACUGCACAUUUUGAAAAAAAAUCGUACCUGGAGAGAAAGCUUCAUGAAGUUUUCUCUCCGAGCCCCUUGGAGGCCUGGAAGGGAGAACGGCUGGAAAGAGUGACGCAGGUAGCGCUCCCUGGGGAAAGACCCUCGCACCCGUCCACGGCGUUUCCCUCGAGUACUUUCUGAUUUGCUUGGAUUCCUCACCCAUUCCAGCCUCUGCGGGACAUUAAACAGCAUGACAAGAGACCUGCCCAUGGACCACUUUAAAACGGCAAGGAUGCCCAGCUACUCCCAAAUAUUGGCCUGACUGGAAAGCCUCGGCAGCGUUCUGGAAGGCACCCGAGCUGAGGGAUGGCUCCGAGACGGAGGAUCCACCCGCAUGGCUGUCCCUGCCGCAGAUGGCACCAGAGAGCCCUCCGCACACCAGAACGGUGGCAUUUCAAGGGAGGCGCUAUUCGCACGCUCCCACAAAUAGCAAGACACACGCCUCCGCCCACCCGUCACCCCCUUCCCAUGUGUGCAUCCUGCACGUUGAGCGGCAGAUCUGGCGCGCCGGGACAGCAACAGCAGCGCGGAGUGUCUCGGGGCUGUGCGAGCGCAGCAGCGCGGCGGAGGGGAGGCAGGGCUCCUUGCGAGCAGCCGGCCAGGAGGAGCAGCCAGCGUGGGGAGAGUGUCUGGCGCUCGGCAUCACAGGCAAACGUGGCUGCUGCUGCUGCGCAGGAGAGCCUCACAUCUGGGCACCUGCCCCCCCAUGCGCCAAGCACGCUCAUGCGCAGCUCCUGCUCCCGGCAUGGAUGUUCAGGACGUUCCCACUGUGGGAUGCCCGCAUUGCAAACAUGGCCAGGGUGGAUCCCGGGGGAUCCAUGGGGCCGGCCGGCAAGCUGGUGCCAGGGGACUCGCGGUGCCCCCACUGCCAUUUGCGUUCAGCACGGGGGUCCCUGCGGGAGCCGCGCAGCACAAAGGGGGGUCCAUGGGCAGGCGGAGGAGGGGCCCGGCUCUGGAGGACCCCUUCUGCGGAGCCUGCCCUGCAGCAGCGGAGGAUGCCCUGCCGGUAUCCUUGCCGGGGGCACCAGGCCCUCCCGCCCUAAUCCAUCACCAGCCGGCACGAUUCAGACCUGAGCCAACAGUGAGCUGGCGGGGGGGGGGGGCGGGGAGCAGUUCUCGCGCUUGCAAGCCUUCCCUUAUUCCCCUGCCAUCCUUGCUGCUGCCUGUGUGUAAUUAACAGAGUAAUUAAAAACAGGAUGAGUUAAUUGGUAUUCAUUUAUGUGGCAGAUGUUUUUAAUUGAGAUACGAAACAAUUUACCUGUUUAUAUAAACAAUAGUGAAGGAAGGCUGGCAAAACUGAGUGAGUUUUUUCUCCUUCCAAGGAUAGCAAAAUUGAGGGGAUGUCCUUCAGGUCAGGUCUGAGGCAGGGUGGAUGCAAGGGACGGGGGGACGGGGUGGGGGGUGCAGGGGUUGCCAAGUGUACCCCCGCCUCCCCUAGGGCUGCAUUUGAGAUCUGGGGCUCCCUCAGUGAGCAGGGAACGCCCCCUGUGCCCCGAACAAUGUUGGUCCCUCAGCCCUUGGGGGACAUUUUGGCCUGGCUGGCCAAAGGAAAUGAACCACCCCCAAAGAGGGAGGAAGCACGGGGGCCUCGCCCUGGCCGUCAGUGCAUAUAACCAGUUGGGUUUCCAGGACGGCCUCGUGAGCCCCGCAACUGCCGGGUGUCCAGGGAUCUUCUUUUCGCCGUUUUGCGUCUUGCCAGCGCUAAAAUGAUGUUUUCUUAAACAUUUGCCCAGAAGCGACCAGAAUAUUGGGCAGAACCGGCUUCCGGAAGGCAGUGACUGCCCCAGCCCAGGAAUCAUCAGUCUGAAGUUGCUUUUCAUGGCCAUCCCCAACCUGGUGCUCCCCAAGUCCCAUCAUCCCCAGGCAGCGUGGCCAUCAGCCUGUGUGACAUCUUGCUUGUUUGCACAUGGGGUUUCAGCAAACUAGGCUCGGAAGAUGGUUUUGUUUGGGGAUAUUCUGUGCAGGCAGGGCUGGAAAACAGACCAGCUUAAAACCUUGGAAGCUGCUGCCAGCUGCGUUGGCAGGACCGGGCUAGGUGCGGACUCGGUGCAAGGGGGCUUUUCACGCUCCUGCGGAUCUCCCAGCCGCCGGUUUCAUGGCUCGUUUCUGUAGAUGUGCAUGCAGAAGGCCCCAAAUGCAGCCUUUCAUGGCCCUGCCCAAAACCCAGAGCAUCUUGGCUGCCGGCCAGUGUCAGCAUUACUGAGCCACACGGAUCAAGGCACGACUGACUCUUCUGGUGUUCUUCUCUUCCUCCGAGUUGUUGUGACUGAGUGUUCCUGCUGAUUGCCACAGAGGUCAGAUGUCUAGGGAAACAGGAGAAAUUUCACCAAAUCUCAUUGCAGCUCACAAAACGUCCGAACGGGUCCCACUCGAGCCCCCAGAUGUGAGCACAUUUUGAAGGCAAAGCUCCCACACCCCCGAGCUUGUGAGAGCAUUUGCCAACGUGCUGUUAGAAGAUUUGCAUUUUAAAAGCAUGCCUUUUGGAAAAAUGGAUGACUUUUCAUGCUUCACUUGAUGGCAGGAAAGUACACCUUUCCCAUGCAAACCGCCCCCCCCCCCCCAAACAUGUGCUUGGGAGCAGGGAUGAGGGAGACUGAAGGACAAGGCGAUGCGCGGAGAAGCCUGGGCAACUCGGCCCUCGCUGCCUCUCCCCUCCCCGAGGAGAUACACUGGGAGAGAUACACAGCCUUGCCAAAUCAGGAAAGCCAGCUUCCCCGGGUGCCCGAACUGCGACGUCUCUCAGGCAGCCCGGCUUCUUCGGAAGGACAAACCCGGCCCGAGCGCGGAGAAGGCGCUGUCCUCUUGCCAGGUGGGCCCUCCGGCUUCUGCCUCAGGUGGAGGGCUCUCCAAACGCCUCGCUUCCCGGGAGCCGUGGCCCGCAGCAGAUAAGCAGCGCGAUCGUGACGCUGCGAGGCGGCCUUGGCGCUCCGCCUGCUGCGGCCAGAUGGCCCGCAGCCCAGCUGCAGGGAGAGCCGGCUGGCCUCAGGUGCGGCGAGUCCUUGAGCAGUCCCAGGAAGCCUCGGCGUCGUGCGCUAAUGAAUGUCGAAGGGGGGCGAGGAGAGGAGUCCUUGCUCCUUAACACCACAAUGCUCCAUUUCAGCAGGUACUGAAUCACUCCCGUCAACGCAGCGCUGAACAUCUUUGUGGGCCUGGGAUUCCCUCGGAAGGGAGGGAGGGAAGAAAAGGGGGGAGCGGGCAUCCUUUCUCUCCCCGGCCCAAAUCACGACAGUUCAGUGGCUUCUCGAAGAGGCCGUCUAGAGUGGAAGAGCUCCUGCGCCGGCUUCAUGGGCCGCCCAAGCAAAGGAGGCGCACCUUUGCGUGAGCAUCGGGCCUCCCCAUGGAGGGCGUGUGUUCAGCACCGUCCCAUGGCUGCUCUGGGGAGUUUCGGCUUUCAUUCACUGCAGGCUGAGAGCAGGUGUCGCUGAGGAGGAGGAGGAGGAGGAGGGGAAGGUGGGCAGAAAACAGGGGCUGACUGGGCGCUCGUGAGCUGAUACGUGGACCAAAACUCCGUUUUGCUUCAAAGUUUGCAUUCUGAUUUUGCAAUCGGCUUCUCUGGUCAAAAACUGUUUGCAGUCUGUGUAUUAGGGGGUAGUGAGCCACAUGUUUGGGGGAUUAACGUUAAAAUGCACUGUUUCAGGGAAAUUAUUUGCAAAAAUGUUUGGUGAAAUUGUUGGUUUCUGCCUGAUCAGAGGCAGGGAAUUCCACGAGCUGGUAGCUCAUGCACUACAUGGGUCAGACUUGUGGCUUUUUGGGGAGACACUGAAUGCAGUUUCUUGCUCCCGUCAUAGGAGGUGCCUUUCCAGUGUUCGGCACCGAGUGCGCUUGCGAUUCACGAUAGCUUGCAGACUCUAGACAAUGUUGUGAUCUUCUAAUUUUGUUUCAGUUUCUCCCCGCACCCCGAGCACUUCCUAGUUGCUUUUGUUUUUGGUUGUUUGCUUAGCGCAAGGAAAAUGGGUAUUAUUUCUGAAGGUGAAAGUGUGUAUUUGAGCUAUUCUGCUGUGGCACAGCUGCACCUAGUGGUUACGCAGAGGAAAAUCAGGGAAGGCAAAGCUCUUGGAUCGCAGUUCUGCCAUGAGAUUGGUCAUAGAUACAGCUGAUGAAAGACCUCGGGUGGAAAAGCUCUUCUGCGUCUCGCUCACGGUUGUCCCUCCCAACUUAGGGAUAAGUGGGGUUCCUUGCUGCUCCGGGUUGUUGUGAGCACAAAAGGGAAAGGAAGGAAAGACACAAGCCACUGUAGGCCUCUGGGAAGAAUGGGGAGAUGUGGAUGAUUGUGUGUGGCUUAGGAAGCAGCUGUGAUUUUUUAAAAAAUGGAAGCGGGGAGAGCAAAAUGGGCCUGUUUGCCUGCUACUGUAUGACUUGCAGGCUCUGGAGUGGUUUCAGGAAGGGUCUUCCCCACCCCUACCCAGGGAUGCCAGGGGCUGGGCUGGGCUUUGGAGAGCUGGGCUUUGCUGAGCUGAGGGAGAGCGCCCUUCCCAAGACUCGCCUUCCGAACCGGGGUGCCGGCCAGCUUGCCCAGGCCCAGAUGUGAGGGGGAAGUGAGCGUGGAGGUUGCCGGCGGAGUCCCCUUCUGCUCCCCCCACCCGCCCUCUGGCUUUUCCCACAUGCAAGAGGCCUGCAGUUCAUCCCCAGUUUGCCGCCGGCGCUGAGCGCUCCGCCUAACACGAUCCAGAUGGAUCCACUCUGUCCCUGGAAAAAAAAAUCAUUCCUACAUCCUUUGAGUCAUCCAAAGGAAUCAUUGUGACAUUUAGAACUGCUGCCCAAAGAAAGAAAGAAAGAAAGAAAGAAAGAAAGAAAGAAAGAAAGAAAGAAAAUGAGCGCGAUUCACAGGCCCCGGCCUCACAACGUGGGAAGGGGCGGAGGGUUUGCGCAAAAGCCCCUCUGAUGGGGAGACACAAGGCCGUCUGUCCGCCACCCCUAUAUGCGAGCAGCGGCUGCUAAACUCACACGGCGGCGCAUCCAGGGGCAGGACUGUGCCGGGCGAGGCCGGGACACCGGAGCAAUUGGCCCCACGCUGGCAUGCUCAGAAAGGCUCCCGACACCUCAGGGCAAGUCCUGCGCAGGGAUGCCAGGCGCCGCCGAUUCUCCUCCUCGGUGAGAACUGGGCUCCAUCUCCGCCGGAACGCCUCCGGUGCAACAACCCUUCACGUGACGCCUUAGCGCCAGCGCUCUCCUCGUUGUCAGGCAUGGGGGUGCAUGCCAGGAAUCCGCACCAACACGGAAAGGCAUCCAGAUCCGGUAAAGAAUCGUACUGCGUUCCUAGCACUUGUGACUUCGACUCCUGUGGGUACAAUCCUUGGAGUCUUCAGAGCCGGAGGGGGCUGGAGGGGAGAGAGAAGGGUUUUCGGAUAUCCAGGGAAAGGGCCUCAUGCCCUGCUCUGCUCCCGAAGAUCUAGAGAGGCCGGUGGCCUGACUCGGGAGAAGCCACCUCUUCCCAUGCUCCUCCACGGAGCAGGGCCUUUUUGCUGGGGGCACCCUGCCUGUGGAACGCCCCUUAAGCAAGGGUUUGGCUGCCCCUGGUACUGUUCUCAUUUCCGUGCCAGUUAAAGAGCUUUUCUAAUCGGCUAAGGCUGCUCAGCAAAGUAGAAAUACCAACCCCCGUCGUUGCUGGUGCUUCCUUUUGCUUCCGUUGUAGAAUCGAGAUCCAGAAAGAGCUUGCGUUUUCUUGCUUUUCCGUUACGUGACCGCCAGGUGAUCCGUGCUGUGGUGCUGCAAGGGCUUCCUGCAGAUGCUCCCAACGGCUGCAGAAGGCAGGCCGUGUGCUGUGCACGGAAGUGUCAGCCAGACUCACUUUCCAGGCUGUGAAAUGGGCACCGCUGUGGCUGAGAGUUCCUGUAGGGGGUUUGUGGCUUGGCUGCUUGAGCGACGGUCUCACUGCAGCGACGCUUCAAUCAGAGAGCUGACGGGUGAGCGUUAACAUUUCCUCACACCCUGGUUGUUCCCCUGGACGGAAGGCGAGAGUUGCGAGAAGGGGGGUCUUUAUGUGGGCAGCUAAUUGUGGGGUGUUUCGAAUGGGGAAGCCCCCUGCCCUGGGAAGGUGCUGCAGCCCGGGCCCAGCAGAGGCAAGGGGGCAGAUUUAUGGUGGGGGGGAGAACUUAAGAAGCCAUUCUGGAAUAAGCAGCAGGAGGAGCUGUGGCAGAUGGGAUGUGGGUUACCUCUCUCAGGGGGCCGUGCAUCUCCUGCCUACUAGGAGGGGCUUUCGUUCACGCGCCGAGAACGAAGAACCAGACUAGGAUGCAGGAGAUCUGGGCUGGGCUCCCCACUCAGCCAUGAGGCCCACUGGGCGAGUCUGGACCAGUCGUUGCCCUUCAGCCUCACCUACCUUGCAGGGUUGUUGUGGCAAGGAUAAAGGGAGCGGAGGAUCGCUUUGCAAGCUGCCUUGGGUUCCCCAAGAGGGAAAAAGGCAGCAUAUAAACACAACGAAACAAUCCUAUUCACAACACUUCGCUGCACCAGAGGUGGAACAGAACAGGCCUGUGGGACCCGCUUCCCUGCUCUGGCAGGAGUGACCCUGUUGAAGGCUCCAAACAGGCAGGCCUUUUCUAGGCUGUGAGCUGCAAGGAGCCCACACAGCAGACUUUUUAAAGCGGGGUGUUUAAUUUCCUCCUAAUUAGUAGCCGGAAGAGUAGCAGUUUUGCUGCAGCGCUUCAGGUUUGCAUAUUGUUCUGCAGGCAGUUUGUGCGGAGGAAUGGGAGACAGGUGCCCUGCGUGUGCCAGGGGGGUGAGAGGAGCAAGACAAGGCAGAGAGGAAGAGAAACGGCUGUGGCCCUUCGCGGGGCUCCCGCCUCCGAGCAGCGCCCUCUGCACGCGCCCCAAACCCCGCAUCCCCCCGGCUCCCGCUCUCCUCGCCCGCAUUCUGCGCGUGCUUGCUUUCCGCCGUCUCCCGGGGACGACAGGCUCCGGACAUGCCAGGCCUUCUGCUGGCUGCCAUCUGCUGCAGGCCGCGCAGCUGCUGUUUGGCCCCGUCCUGUCACUCAGGCCGGCGUUUGUACGGAAAGCGGGAAGCCUGUGGACGGGGGCUUGGCGGCUCGCGCCAGGCAGGGCUCCUUCUCAGGCCCGCGGCGGCCGGAAUGCUGCCAUCAGCGGAGCGAUGCGUGAGAUUUCACAUGAUGCCUCUCGCCGCUCAACACUUCCAAAAACAGCACAGGGUGUCCGAGAGGAGAGAAACAUUUAUAGGCGCGAGCGGAGCCACCUGGGAAUAAACAGGGCCGGGCCCGAGAAAAGCUGCGUGGCGGCCAACGCGCUGCCGGGACGUUGGAACACUUUGCCCUGGGGCAUCUGAGCAUGCACGGAGUACAGUGCCCCUCGGAAAGAUGUAGGCAAAAGAGCAAGCGACUUCUUCUUGGCGGGCUCAGCUAAGGGAGAAACGGAGCAGCUGGUCUCUGUGUGCAGAGACCGGCUGCAGGCAGAUGUAACUCAGCUCCAGGCGCCACGCUUUGCAUCCAGAAGGAGGGUCGGCAGAAUUUAAAGAAAAAAGACCAGGACGGCUUCAAAUGAAGCCCUUAUGGUGCAUUAGACUGCAGCUCCCAUCCUUGACCACAAGAAGUGCCAACACACCCGGGCAGGGCUGCUCCAGAAAACCUCGGCCGGUCCGGCUGACCGGAACAGGCCCCAUCGAAGGCGCCUCCUGCUGUUCACGCAACAAGCGCUGCUUAAUCUGAGGAGGGGGGUCCUGCUCCUCCCCUCCCCAAGCACGUCAGGCUGAGCGCAAGCAUGGCUGCUUUCGCAGCGGCCAAGCGGCGCUCCGAGUCCGAGGGGACGUGGGCAACGCAGAGCCCUUCGAACCAGGGGCUUGACCCAGGACUGCGCAAACUGCAGCGAUUCCUUGCAAAGGAGAGGAGGCCGGCUCCAAAUGCAGCGGAAGCAGUGGCCUCCUGUGAUUCUGCGCAAAAAGCCGCUGCCCAAAGCCCAGCUCCGCGAGCCAAAGGCCCUGGAGCCGCUGCGUGUGCCCACAACCACCUCCUGCUGCUCCCAACGGUUUCUGUGUGAAAAGUGGCCUUCCUCACCUUACCGCUCGGUUCCCUUGGGUGUGUCUGGCCCAGACGUGUCUGGUGUGCGUUUCCAGCGCUGUCAGCUGUCUCCGCAAAGUGAUUGCAGCUGUGGGUUCUGUCCACACUCUCAAGCCCCCCUCCUGCAGAAAGAAAAAAUCCCUAGAAAGACGUUGUGCAGAGGAAAAUAAAUCUGCUUUUCU